CAACUGCAGCCGGGAAGUAUAUGACGACAUGAUCCGAAAGCCAGGAAAAGAGUGUUUGCUCGAUGAGCCCCCCAAAACGUUCAGGAACAAAGAGUGUGGAAACGAGGUCAUCGAAGAAGGGGAGGACUGCGACUGCGGCCUCGAAGAGGACAUAGGAGAAGGCAUCCUGAGUCUGUUCAUGAAACCCAACGCGCAACCUUUGGCCAUGAGGCAACAGCAUGAAGAACAAGGUGAAUCAAAGGCUGAUGUAGCAUUUAGAGGAUUUAGUGAAUGUCGAAGGAAUGGUUGCUGUCAAGACGACUGUAAAAGUAAGCCAGGCAUUGACUGCCUUUUUGGACCUUGCUGCAAGAACUGCAAGGGUGCUGGGUUUGCAAAUUCCUGUAUAGGAUUUGCAGGAGAGAAGCUCAGGGGGAGCAAAGAAAGGGGGAAAUGCAGGGGACUACAAGUCCCAGCAUCCCCUGCAAACACCGUCAUUGGGGACUGA